AUGCCUUAUCGUUCAAAAAUUUUACAACAUAAAUGUACAAAACAAGAACAAGAAUUACACAUAAUUUCAAAUCCACUCGACAGUGCUCGAAAAUAUUCACUUGCAAGUGAUAAUUAUCUAGCUCCAUUAACUGCAUGUAAACUUAAACCAAAUUCAAAAUGGAUUAUAGUACGAAAUAAUAUACAUAAAAUUCGUAGUUGGCGUGCUGUUGAUAAAUCAAAUAUUGAUAAAAAACUUUGGGAUUGGUAUAUAUUCUUUCAAAUUAGACGUGAAUUACGACAUAUACAGGCAGAUAUCAAACAAAUUGAACAGCGACCAGAUUUUGUUCCUGUUCAUCAUAUUGAGAUACCUGGGGGCCCAACACAUACUGAAUGUGUUAAGGUGUCACAUGUACGACCAACGGAUGUACUAUAUUAUCCAAGUUUUGAUCCUGAACCUAUGAGUGUACAAGCAUUAAUUUAUUAUUUUUCGAAAGAACGCAUCGUAACAUAUGAAAGUGUAUUUCAUCCACUUUUAUCUAAUGUUUGUUCAAUUACAAAUCGAGAUCGAGAACGUCUUCGUCGAGUAGCUGUUUUUCGUAAAUUAGCAUUAGUUUUAGGAAUAGUUGUUUUUUUAAUUGUUGGUCUUAUGUUAGCGUCAUUGAUUCUUAGUGUAUUAGAAACAACAUCAAAUUUAAAAAAUAUGUAUAGCAAUGACCCUGAUGGAGGAAUUGAAUGGCGUGCACCUUCAACAACUAUAGAGAUAACUAAAUUUAAUUUUUAA